AUGAGCGUUGCUACAGCAGAACAUGCAAACCAUAGUCCAGAACAAUCAGCCCAGCCAAUUUCUGAUGGAAGUGCGGGCGCAAAAGGAGAUAAUAUUGGAGAGAGGAGAAGGAGACGUAGCAGAAGAAGAAGACCACGGUUUAAUUUUGUGAAAGAGAUGGCUGUUUCUGGUACUGUUUAUGAUACCAUCACCUCUAUAGAAUAUCUUAAUUUCAAAUAUGGACUAAGGAAGUCUCAUUACAUCAAGAAAUUUGUUAGAUGCAUUCAUAGGAAGAUCAACGAGGAUGUUAGUAGAAUAAGCGAUGAGAUUGUCGAAAUGUUAAGUCCAUGGGUCAAAAUCAAAUUAUUCCUUCUAUUGGUAACAUUAUCAGAAAGAGGAGGACCCGAAUAUUGGUUUGAUAAAAAUGAAGCCGACAAAGAUCAGAAAGAUACGGAGAAGGAUGGAAGUCCUGAAGCAGAAGGCAAUAAUGAUCAGACUGAAGGUCAAAAUGAGGAAAAUAAAUCGAAAAUAGAUAAUGCUACGUCAGGUAAAUCAAAAGAUGAUACAAAAAAAUUAAUCAAUAAAAAAACUAAAAUGAAACUACUACCAACUUUAACUGAACAAAUCAUGCAACAAAAUAUCAACCUUGAAUUCACUGAGGAAACCUAUGAUGAAAAUUACAUAUUUUCAUCUAUAUGGGCCAAUUUCAUGGAAGGCUUAAUAAAUUAUUAUCUGGAGAAAGUCAUUGUUCCACAUUCCGAAAUGAAAGUUUGUCAACAGCUUUAUAAGCCAAUGAUGAAGAUUAUUUCAUUAUACAAUGAGUAUAAUGAGCUGAUGGAAAAAAGUGAACGUAAUGGUUUCCUCCCCAAAUCAAAUGGAUUGGAAGAUCUAGAAACGGAGAAUUCAGAAGACCAAGAAAAAACGAAGAAAGAAGCUGCUGAUGAGAUUGAAGAACUUAGUGCAAACUUGCAGAAUAUUAAUCUCAACAACGCCGAUAAUGUUGUUGCACAAGAGAGAUUACAAAGAGCACAAAAGCUACUAUGGCAAGCUAGACAAGAUAUCCCUAAAACUAUCAGCAAAGAGUUGACAUUAUUAUCGGAAAUGUACUCCACGUUAUCAGCGGAUGAACAAGAUUAUGAAUUAGAUGAAUUUGUGUGUUGUGCUGAAGAGUAUAUCGAACUUGAAUACCUACCCAAUCUAGUGGAUGUAUUAUUUGCUAAUUGCGGCACGAAUAAUUUCUGGAAAAUAAUGCUUGUUCUUGAACCAUUCUUUUACUAUAUUGAGGAAGUUAACGGCCAUGAAGAUACAGAAGAUGAUGAGUUCGAAGAGAGAUACAUCACUGAUACUGAUGGUGCUAGUGGACCCGCCAGACAGAGUUUUAAACCUGAUCCUAGGGUAAUCACACUCGAAAAAAUUUGCGAAGUUGCUGCUCGACAAAAAUGGAUUUAA